AAAAAAGACAGCGUUUCACGUUUAUGCGGCUUGCAAACAGGAAUGGUUUUUAUCCCUGUAAUUUUAUUAACAAGACCUUCGAAGUUAAUCAGUACAGGUAAUAAUUAGGUCGAAGAAGUAAUAAAAGUGUGGUGCAUAAAUUUUUUGAGAUCAACCUAAUUCUGCUAAUCGUUCUAAAUGGCUGACAAAGUGCCAAAUUCUGAUCCAAACGCCUUCUGUCGUUUGUGUUUCGCGGACCGCAACUUGAUUGCUCUAUAUGAUCCGGAAUCUCCGCAACAAUUUCUGGUGGACUUAAUAUUGGAAAGCAUAGGAAUUCAGAUAAUAAAUGAUGCGAAUUCCCCAACAUCCAUCUGCUGGCGGUGUGCAGUUUCCUUGGAAGAUUUCCAUAUGCUGCGGAUGCGUAGUUUAGAACACGAUGCAAUCAUUCAAGACACAUACGGGGAUACAUUUUACAAAAACCAACCAGAGCAUGCAACUAAAAACGAAGAUUCGAAUAGCGAAGGCUUGAUUGAAGAAAUGAAUGAUCAAAAUUAUGAUAACUCGCAAUUACAGGAGACAUUGCCUGAUUCAAGAGCUAUGUAUUCCGAUUCUGAUGAUUCGGAUGGCUUUGUUCCUAGAGAAGAAAAUUCGAAUACUGAGCCUAAAGUAAUCAAAUGUUACUCUUGUCAUUUCGAAUUCGACACUCAUGAUGCCCUUUACGCGCAUAUCGAAAAGCACCACUUUGAGGAUGAGCGUCCUUUCAAGUGUGCUUUUUGCCCGGCUGCCUUCAAAAGGAAGCAUCAUUUGACUGAUCACAUGGGCGUACACGGUGCAAGGCGUCAAAAACUGCAUGAAUGUAGAAUUUGUCGCGCCCGUUUUACGAAAGGCUCAUCUCUGGUUCAGCAUCGCCGAAAGGUUCAUCUCAAAAUUAAAAAUAAAAAGACAAAAGCUUUUACAGCCGCCUGUAAGUUCUGUCCAGAGGUAUUUUAUUCGAGGAACACAUACAACACUCACCAGAAAACUCAUUACGAUAUUCUGCCGUUCGUAUGCGAACUAUGUGGGUCCCGUUUUAGUAGUGAAAAGGGUAAGUAUAUUCACAAAAGUUUGUCCCACAAUACGAAUGACUUGGCGGGUAAGUUAAUUGUGCAUCAGUGCCAAUAUUGCCCCGAAAGCUUUCCAGCGAAAAAGCAAUUGAUUGUGCACUUGCGGAAACAUCCUUAUAAAGAAGAACCUCCUUCGAAAAAUACAAGCACUGAAAACCGUCGAGAAAAAGCGGUAGCUGGACCUUCAACUGUUACAGUGAAAAUGGAGGCAGAAGAUUACGUCAUAUUGGACGAUUAGAUGCGCCGAACGAGCAAAUGAGCUCAUAUAAAAUAUCACUGCUCUAAGUGUAAAGAAAAUAAACACUCUCCAAUAGAUUGACCAUGCCCGACUUGAACAGCCGAAACUUCAGCAUUUAAAAUCAGUUUAAAAAUAUACCUUCUUCAACCAUCCAGAAUUUGAUUCAGCAAACAAAUAACAGAAAUAAUUAGGUCAACGUGCUCAAGCCUAAUCAGCAUCAAAAGAACUAAAUGACAAUAGAAAUGCUCAGCAUAUCAAAAACAACAGCAACCACCACAAACGAAAAAAGAAUCUGGCCCUAAUUCUGCGCCGCGCGUGAGUUGAAGAUAGUCGAGUCACUAAGUCACUCGAUUCAAGAAGUCGCUUUAGGUGAGGAACACAACUCUGUCACUUCACUCACAUCGACUAUUGGAAUAACGUGACUAUAGUCUCGUCGUGACGGUAAGGCGACUCGACUAUCGCCACCACACGCGCGGCGCAGAAAAAGGGCCUGUGACUCCGUUACCCCUUUUAAUCAACCAACCGAUUUCAAGUGAAGAAUCACAAACGUAGUUUACAAAAGUACAUCAAAAGUACACUAUCACUACCAAAAGCUAGCAUUGAUCAAGUCCUUUCAAAUGCAUUCAAUUUGAUUACUUAUAUUAAUUUGGCGCAAUGCCGACAAUUAAAUAACAACUAAAAUCAUAUUUCAACGAACAGCGAUCAAAAUGAGAUCGCAAACGAAGAAAUCAAAUCGGCAUAUACUCUAUUGAAACGAAGUUCGUCACCAGCGUAAUGAUCGUGUGAAGGAGGUAGAAUACAAAAGUCGCAUAAAGGCACAUAGAAUCCGUAAGCUCCUACCCGGAUCAUCUAGAUUCCCCAAUUCCUCAACAAGCUUUCUCCAAUUUGCCCCUCCUAGUAUAAGAAAACCUUGACCCUUUACCCUAAUUUUUUAUUCUAAUUUCUUUAUUUAGAGAUGAUUUUAAGAUCCUCGAUCCAUAAAAACUUGUUUAAGGAAGAUAGUUUUAAGUAAAAAGUUAUUUGAAUAAAAAUAAUAUUAA